AGUUGGGGAGUGCGCGAGCGACGAUACACAUCCGCAUUCGACCAGCAUUCGACUUCACAUUCUCUUAAAGAAAACCCGUUCCUCUUAAGAAUUAAAAAAAAUAUAUUUUUAAUCAAAAGCAAUGCCCCAAGUGUGUUUUUAAAUAACAGUGAGAAUUACAUUAAUGUAGACGUGAACUAAGUGUACAUUAAACAAUUAUUUAGUGUUUCUUUUACUAAACAGUGAAUUUGUGCAUGAAAAGUGAAAUUCGUGAUGCCGUAAGCCGAUCUGGGCUAUUUCAUAAAUAAAAGUAAAGAACUAGCCAACGGAUCUACAUUUCUUCUGUCGCAACAUGGAUGUUUUCAACUUAAUUGGAAAAAUUCUCAUUAAUUGACGCAGAAAACCAUCUAUUGAAGAGCCCGAUAUAAGUGCACGGUGAUGAGUUUAGAAAGGCCACACAAAAAUGGACCUGAAGAAACAAACAUCACGCUGGACCGGUUAUAGAAAAGCACAAUGGCCGAUCGAGAAUCACACUUUAAUUUUAAUGUACAUACUACUUUUUGCUGCUCGAUUUAACUGUCAAGAUUUAAGUAUAAAUGAAGAAACCAAAAAUAAUACUGUAGAUAUAAAUAAAAGCGAUUGCCAUAGUACUGAAUCUAGUAAUAUUAAUGUUUUAGUCAGUGAUAAAGCGCCUAGUACUUUACAAGAUUUUAUCAGAAGUUUAGAAAAUGUAACAGAGAAAGAGGCCCUUUUAAAUAAAACUAUGGGAUACGUAGAGAAUUUAAUAGAUAACGUAUUAAAUUAUGAACGAAUCAAAAUAAUUGAUGGAGUUGAAAUCAAAAUUAAAAACGAUACUAAAGUAGUAGACAAAGAGAGAAAAGAAAAUAAUGAUAUUGAAGAAGCGAGAGGCUUAUUCAGUAAAUAUACUUACGAAUACAGACUUUAUCAAAAGAUCAAGAGCUUUAUAGAUACGCACGUGCUUUCGAUAAGCUUACCAAAAGCUGCUAAGUUUAUGGGCUUCAGAUCCUUCGGUUUAAACAAGUUUUUCCUGCCGCUGCUGAUCGGAGGGCAGGUGUUAAUAAAGACAAUUCUGUUCGCGAUGUUCCUGCCAAGUAUCCUCGGUAGCUUCGGGAAGAUAUUAGGAAAAGGCAUCUCUCACCUGUCAGCGACUUCCAGUCAAGCUAGCUAUCCCCCGGCUAAUAUGGAUGACACUAACGCAUACAACAACGACAACAAAGACUUCAUGGGAUAUGAGACUAACCCAACUGGCACUUAUGCUUACCCCCAAGACUAUGCCACAGAAGGAAACGACAUGGAACCGGGAAAUAUUGACAUGUCAAGAUACGGCGCAGGUGGACCCAAAGUUACCUACCUACCAAGCAAGAACAGCUACUACAAAAACCAGAUGUCCACUGCAAAUAACUACAAGAUCUUCCAAAAAAUACCGGCGUCCUCCAUGAUCCUGAGCAACUAUGACCCUUUCUACUCACCGCUGCUUUCAAGGCUCGACGGGAUCUUUGCAAGGCUCGGAUUAGCACCAUCAGAGAAUGCAGUCACAGAUAGCCCACAAAUGGGAGGGCAAAGUCUGAGUGACAUGAAGCUAGAAGCUUGCAGGGAACAGCUUAUUUGCCUCAUGUACGCGAAUCCAGCGAAAUACGCGCCCUACAGCAACCUGGUAUCAGCCCAGUUGAGCAGAGAGCUGAACGAACUCCGUCGCCCGGUCUCCGACAACCCAGAGAUCCUUAGGUUCUUCAAAUACAUGAGAGCAGCGAGGCGAGGACAAGAGGGAGUGGACUGCGUGACUCUCCAUCCAGGCUGUUCAACCAGCACUCCAACGCACACCAUGAUAGCUGCGUAUCACGAUAUCAACAAGCUAGUGACUGCUAGGAAAUUGAGGCUUUGAAUUCUAGAUAACAAAGUAUAUAAAAACGUCAUAGUGUGAGCAGGUGAAUGGUAGAUUCUAAUCAAGUUGAAGAAGAAAGCUAAAACAGCGUAAGUGCUGUCACAAUCUCGAAGACCAAGAACUUAAUUGAAGGUAGGCUUAAUUAAAGUGGGUGGCGGCAUUUACGUUGUAGAUGUCUAUGGGCUCCGGUAACCGCUUAACACCAGGAGGUGGGCCGUGAGUUCUUCCAUCCAUAUAGCAAAAAAAAAAUUGUAAAAAUAUAAUAUCGCAUCAGUACUUGCUCAGAUUACUAAAUAUGUUUUGUAAAGAAACAAUAACUUUUUCUUCUAUUGCUUUUUGGCACAAUUCAAUGUGUGGAGUUUAGCAUUUAGUAGCGGUUCUAGGCUAGUUAAUUUAUUGGUUAAUUUAUUUGAGUAUGUCAUUGUGAGAAUGUAAUUUAUUGUAUGUCCGAUUCUAUAAGCGUUUUCAUGUAUGUAUGUCCUUUGUAUUUAUUAGAAACUGUCUCUUCUAUUUUUAGGUUUUAUUUAUUAUUAUUUAAUCUUUAAUGCGUGCAUUUAUUCCGUUCUAUUGUUAAUAUGCUAUUUAUAUGAGAAUAUCUUCAAUAUAUUUUUUUUGUAAUUAAGUAAUAUAUUUAUUUAAUAGUCAUAAAUAGUGAAUGUAAACAUUAUAAUAAUAAGUAAAAAAAUAAAAA